AUGAAGUCGUCGUUCCGCUUUGCGAACGUAUGCGGCACGGUGUACCAGCAAGGUAAUGUGCAGUUUGCUGGAGAUGGUGAUUCUUUAUACUCCCCCGUGGGUAACCGUCUGUCAGUCUUUGAUCUUGUACGGAACACCUCUUUUACCUUGCCAUUUGAAACUCGAAAGCCUAUUAUGCGUGUAGCUAUAUCCCCAGCUAACCCUAGCUUGGUUCUGAUUGUGGACGAAGAUGGGAACGCUCUUCUGAUCAAUGUGAAUAAACGUGCGCUACUAGCUCAUAUGAACUUCAAGCUUCCAGUUCGAGACGCUGCUUUUUCGCCAAAUGGCCAAUUUCUUGCUGUAACACAUGGCAACCAAGUGCAAGUCUGGCGCACGCCCAGUGUGCUUGUUCGUGAAUUCGCUCCUUUUGUUCUUCACCGCACAUAUGUGGGGCAUUUUGAUGACGUUCUGAGUGUGACAUGGUCGCGUAAUGGACGCUUUUUCCUAACAACCUCUAAGGAUAUGAGCGGCCGUUUGUUCAGCCUUGACCCUGUGCCAGGCUUCCGUCCCAAGACUUUUUCUGGUCAUCGUGAUGCAGUCCUGCGUGCCUUUUUCUCGCUUGAUGAAAAAACGAUUUAUACUGUAUCCCGCGAUGGCGCGUGUCUAGUAUGGCAGGCCAAGGAGGAUGAGGAAGACAUGGAGCCAAUUGAACAGAGCGAGACUAGUACUGACCCUCAAAAUGCUGUGGCUUUUACGAGGUGGGGCGUGGCUUCGCGCCAUUACUUCCAUCAGACCAAUGCUCAAGUAACAUGCUGCGAUUUCCAUCCCGGUACCUCGCGUCUUGUUGUUGGCUUCACAUCGGGGCUGUUCUCUCUCCGUGAUAUGCCUGAUUUCACUGAAGUGCAUGCUCUCAGCAUUAGCCAAGAAAAGAUCACCAGUGUCGCAGUCAAUGGUACAGGCGAAUGGCUUGCUUUUGGUGCUCAACGGCUUGGCCAACUGCUUGUGUGGGAAUGGGCUAGUGAGUCUUAUAUCAUGAAGCAGCAAGGUCAUUUCUUUGAUAUGAACACGGUGGCAUUUGCUCAAGAUGGUCAGAUGGCUGUGACCGGUGGUGAUGAUGGGAAAGUCAAGGUCUGGAAUACCGCCUCUGGCUUUUGUACAGUGACGUUUUCCGAUCAUUCAGCCCCUGUAUCAUGUGUGGAAUUUGCCAAGCAAGGUCAAGUGCUUUUCAGUGCUAGUUUGGAUGGUACUGUGCGUGCGUACGAUCUUGUACGGUACCGCAACUUCCGAACGUUCACAUCGCCCUCGCCUGUGCAGUUUGUGAGCUUGGCUGUGGAGCCCAGUGGCGAAGUGGUUUGCGCUGGUAGUUCAGAUACCUUUGAGGUGUAUAUGUGGAGUGUCCAAACAGGCAAACUACUGGAGAUCCUCGCUGGUCAUGAAGCACCUGUGACCGGCCUAUCGUUUGAUCCGAGUGGAUCCGGGCUGCUAGCUAGCACAAGCUGGGAUCGCUCUGUGCGGCUAUGGGAAGUUUUCCGGCGUAGUCAGAGCACGGAGUCCAUGUCUCUAUCAUCGGAGGGUCUUACGCUAGCUUACCGACCUGAUGGAUUGGAGGUGUGUGUGGCAUCACUGGAUGGCCAGUUGAACUUCUUUGACACCAAGACCGGGUCUCAUACUGGUGUCUUGGACUGCCGCCGUGACAUUGCUGGAGGGCGCAAGCUCGAUGACAAGGUUCAGCAGCGCAAUAAUGCGGCAGGCUCAGCCUUUACAAGUGUCUGCUACAGUGCCGAUGGAUCGUGUAUCCUUGCUGGCGGGAACGCCAAUUACGUAUGCCUCUAUGAUAUUCGUGAGCGUGUAUUGCUUAAGCGUUGGACGCUAAGCAUGAACCUAGCCCUUGAUGGCACACAAGAUCGUCUUGAUUCGCGGCAGAUGACUGAUGCAGGCAAUAUUGCUUUGAUCAAUGACCUUUCCGACGAGGACGAGUUGACAUUGGCCGAGCGCGUGGACCGCUCCCUGCCGGGUGUGCAGCGUGGCGAUCUUAGUAAACGUUCGACUCGACUGCAGGCGCGGUCGAAGUGUGUGCGUUUCUCGCCUACUGGCAGGAGUUGGGCUGCCGCCUCUACAGGUGGCUUGCUGAUCUACAGCCUUGACGAGCAGGCUACGUUUGACCCCACAGACCUAGAUAUGGAUCUGACGCCGCAGGGCGUACGCGCUGCGUCUCUGCAAGGUGAGUCUCUUCUUGCUCUGCUUGGCGCACUUCGCCUCAACGAUCCUGCUCUGGAGGCUGAAGUGUACGAGCGAACGAAACCGCAUGAAAUUGCCUUGGUUGCGAAGCAACUGCCUACGCUGUACUUGUCUCGCGUGCUUGGUCUUGUCGCUUCGCGUUUGCAGCCUGCCAACCAGAGUCCGCAUGUUGAAUUCCACUUGAAGUGGCUCACAGCGCUGUUCCAAGCACAUGGCGAGGAAAUUCGUACGCAUAGCACAUCCACUUAUGCACCUGUCUUGCGUGCCGUCCAAAUGGCCCUCUUGGAAUUGCGUUCCAAUGUCAAGUCGACUACGGAUAAAAACACAGCGUCGAUUCUUUAUGUCUGGAAUGCCUUUUCGACCCGACGGGUCACGGACGAUCUCAUAUAG